GACGUCAGAGACGCUCGUGGGGCGGAGGGAGGGAGAGUCCGCUCGCUGCUGGGUGGAGGCGCAGCAGCGGUCUGGUCGUCUACUCGCUGUGAAUGACUUGAAAGAAGACGAACAACAAACACUUGUCGGACAACAGCUCAGUGAGCGAGCAAGCUCUCACGGAAAAAGCAGAGGAACAGUUUGGUGCCUUCACUUCUUCCCGCGUCCUGCCUUCCUGCGCUGCGCUCACCUGUAUGACUGCGUGGAGACGCCAGGGACUAAGCGAUGGAAAGCACCACUGAGGUCUCUCAGGGCGGAGGCCUGCCCAGCACAAAGCCCACUCUGCCCCCCAAACCCAGUCUCGCUCCCAAACCUUUCUCUCUGCAAAAAAACAGCAGAAUUCGCUCCAUCAGUGCUCCAAAGACUCUUCCCAAAUCCCAACCUACACCUACGUCACAAAUACGCCAGACCGAAGAAUCGGUGGCAAAAAGUCGCCCGACCACCGCUGCGACCACCCCUGCUAAGAAACUGCCUCAACCCACUUCGGCCUCAGCUCCCAAACCCCGACCUGCAAGCGUGCCGCCUAAAUCUCAACCGAAAGCAACCCAAGCAAGCAAAGCACCUCCACAGGAAGAGAAUAGUCUUGGUUCGGAGACGCGUGCUCCGGAUGCAGCCCCCGAAACAGCUCCGCCUAAAGAGGAACCCAAGUCGGAAUCAGUCCAGAAAAACAGCGUCAUCCAAACAAGCCACCAAACUCCCACAGACGCUGCUGCUAGCUCGGCGUUGAGUGAUGGAGAGGAGAAGCAAAGCGACGCUCCGGUUUCUGUUAGCCAGAAGGUCGAGGAGCCGAGCAGCGACGGCUCCUCGACAAACGAUCCGGUAUGCCUGAGGGGCAGCAUGAGAAAGCGUCUCCCGAAAGCGCUUACCUCAAAGUUCGAGGCAGGCGGGGUUCCUUUGCCCGUUCAGCCUCCGAAAGCCGCUUCCAAACCCGUCGCCAAACAUAAUUCGGACAGGCCGCAAUCGUCUGACACACAGCAAAGCCAGGCAACACCAGAACCUCCGGUCAGAGAGGGCGACACCGAUGCAGCGAAGGAGGACUUCACCGGCGGGAACAGCAUUAAAAAGAGAAUCAGCCUCCUGUUUGACUCGGUGUCAAAGCCGGAGGUCACGACCAAGAGAGAGGAGCCGGAACUGACCAACGGGCUCAAAGUUGUGAAGGAGCAGAUCAAAAACUGGGCGGCAGAAACGAGCCCAGAGGAUCAGAAGGUUGAGAAGAAUACUCAGCCUGCAGCCAGAGUUCGCUCCAAGAGCUCUGAGCCUGUAGCGGAGAAAUCACCUGAAACACCAAGAAUGGAAAUUCCUGCUGCAGAAGAGACACCUACCAAGCCCGUGGACGCACAUUCCACAAUACCUACCCCAACGGAGAGCCCAGCUGAGCCACCUGAGGAGGCGAGAAUGGAAGAUGAAUCCUUAGAAAGUGCAGCGGAGGCACCUGCGGAGACUGACAAACCAAAGGAAGAUGACGUCCAGCUGCAGAGGAACCACGUCGCCGCCGCUGAUGAGCAAAACGUGACGCCUGGCAGUGCACUGAAGAAGAAGAAGAAGAAAGCCAGACGCUCUGUUCGCUUUGGAACCGUGGUGGCGGAUGACGGCGGACCUCCAGUCAUGCUGGGCCCAGAUCCUGAAUCCAGUGAAGAUGAGAAACAAAAACAGGAUGCUGGGGUUGAGAACAAGGAGGAGGAGGAGGAAGAGGAGGCGGCUGUCGCUCCAAUGCCCGUCUACAGAAGAGUUGGCGUUCUCCAGAACAAGGACAAAGAGACACAGGAACAAGAAUCACUGAAACACCUGCAAUUUGAACAAAGGCAGAAAGAGGAGGAGAGCGGACGGGGACGACUUAAACUGGAAGAGGAGCAAAAACGAACAGAAGAGGAAGAAGAACGGGAGGAGGAAAAGGCAAGACAGAAGGAAUUGGAGAGAAAACAGUUAGAGGAGGAGAAAAGAGAAGCGGAAAGACUGAAGGAAGAACAGAUUGAAAAGGAAAGGCAAACGGAGCUGCUGAGACAGAAACGGGUCGAAGAGGAAAAAAUGAGGGAAAGGUUGCGGCUGGAGGAAGAGGAGGCAAGACUGAGGGAGGAACGAGAGAGACAGAGGCAGAAAGAAGAAGAGGAAAAAUUGAUCCGGAAAGAGAGACUGGAAAAGGAACAGAGAGAGAAGGAGCUGGAGCUGAUGAGGCAGAGAAAAGAAGAAGAGGAGCGACUCAGACAAGAAAAGUUGGAAAAAGAAAGGUUGAGACAGGAGGAAGAGGAGAGGGAGAUAAAAAGACGGGAACUUGAGGAGCAGCGAAGGAAGGAGUUGGAGCUGAUGAGGCAGAGAAAGGAAGAGGAGGAGAGACUCAGGCAAGAAAAUCUGGAAAAGGAAAGGUUGAGACAGGAGGAAGAGGAGCAGGAGAGGCUCAGGAGGCAGAAAGAGGAGGAAGAGAUGAAAAGAAGGGAACUCGAGGAGCAAAAAAGAAAGGACUUGGAACUCAUGAGGCAAAGGCAAGAAGAAGAGGAGAGACUCAGACUAGCAGAACUGGAAAGACAAAAGUUAAGACAGGAGGCUGAGGAGAAGGAGAGGCUCAGAAGGCUGGAGGAGGAGGAGGAGGAGGAGGAGAGAAAAAGGAGGGAUCUGGAGAGGAAGAUGCAGCAAGAAAAAGAGGAGGAGAGGAAGAGGGAAGAGAAAAGAAAGAUGGAGAAAGAAACAGCAGAUGAGCUGAAGAGAAAGAUGCAGGAGGACCUGGAAAGACAACGAGCUGUGGACCAGAGCAAAAGGCUGAAAGCAGACGAGAAGAACGACGAAGAAGGGGAAAAUCUCAUCAACUUCGAUGCAGAAGAUGUCUCUCAGAAGUCCGACCCCCCGUUCUCCCCCUCACCAAACACGGAGAGCCUCAUCGACAUCGUUUACGACGACUUCUCAGUCCAAAACCCUCUGACCGACGUGGACUAUGAUGACUUUUCUGUCAAACCCAGAAGACGGACUCCCCAGCCCAGGCUGGACGCUGCUCCCGCCAGGAGCCGCUGGACAGCUGAACCUGUGAAAACACACGACUGGCUGGUGUCCUUCGACAGCGAACCUCAGCAAUCUCUGCAAAGAAAUGUACCGAAACAAGCAGACGAACAACUGGUGCCCACCCCAGCCCCGAAGAGCCCAGCGAAAGAGACGGUGGAGAGGCUGCUGGUAGAUAUUGGUGUGGAGGAGGAGGAGGAGGCGAUGCCAGAGGAAGACCAGACUGAAUCUGUUGAGAUGAAGAUGGAGGAGGAGGAAGAGGAGGAGGAGGUACAGGAUGAAGACAAGAUGGAGGAGGAGGCAGAAGUAGAGUUGAAGGAAGAUGAGGGUGAAGAAGAGGACCACGAAGAGCCACAGGUUAACAGUUCCGCCACAAACGAUGAGGACAUACCCGUUGAGACUUUGUCGCACAGUGAACCCUCCCAGGAGGAUGGGAUUUCUGAACUAACGCCGGAACCUGACAGUCCAAUACCCAUCCCGGAAGCAUUCGCUGACGCCCUCUCUGAAGCUGAUGCUGACAACACAGAUUCUCAAAGAGAGAUAGAUUUAACUCCUUUCCCUGAGGUCUCUACUCCUCUACUUGACACCCGCACACAGAGGUCCAAAGUAGCUUUGAGUAGGAGGCGAACACGGUCGCGUCCAUCUCGCUCUUUCCGAUUAGCGUCGGUUAAAGGUGACAGAGCAGGAUUGAGUGUUUAUGCUGGUGAACAAGGGGCCGAAUCGAAAGAAAAUGAUUCGGAAAAUGAUUCGGAAGAAGAACCCCCUAAAUCAGUGCCGGCAUUUUCUCCUCCAACAUCUAAUCAGAAAGUUGCUAUCUUUCCAGGUCUGAGCCCUGCAGACCUACUUGCUGGGAUCAAGAAGAGAGCAGGUGGAGGAGCGGAGGAGGGAACAGCAGAGAACAAAGGAGAACAAGAGAAAGAAAGUCAAAGCAAGGAAGACGCUUCAUCUCUGUCGCAGGCCUCAAGAUCUCCCCGCUUAGCGGCUCAUCUCCCAGGAGCGGCACGAGUGCUGCCCCCUGUGGGCAGUAACGAAGGAAGCCCUGUCUCUUCUCCUGCGUGGUUGAAAGGACUGAAGAAGCGUAUAACUCAGCGUAAUGGUGAAACCUAACCAGAAACAGGAAACACAGCUUCGAUGCUCUUCAACAGGAAUCGGAUCAUUUCAGCUUCUUGUUGGCGGAAGACACGAUGACAUGAUUGCUCCAUUCUGCCCUUUGAGUGCCUUUUUUUGGGACCAUUUCCAAGAUAUAAGUCAUGCUAUUUUUUUUUUUUUUUUUCUUUUGGACACAGAGACCGCAAUGACUUUUUGUAUGUUAAAAAUGAAAUAUGGGGCCAAGGCUGUUUGCUGGAGCUGUUGGGUGUUGGUGCCAUGUAAAUAUUUCUCCGGGCGCUUUCUGAGAGCUCAGUGGAUGUUUGCGUGUACUUUAGAGCAAAGCCAUUCUGUGUGCUUAAUAUUUGAAUGUGAAACCGACAGAUGACGACGGCACUACACCUCAGCAGAUCGACGAUGAUUCUUAUAAAAUAA